AUGCAGGAGGUCAUUGCCGGCCUGGAGCGCUUCACCUUCACCUUCGAGCACGAUGUGGAAACGCAGAAGGGCACGGGGCUCCUGCCCUUCCAGGGCAUGGACAAGUCGAGCUCAGCUGUGUGCAACUUCUACCCUAAAGGGCCGUGCGCCAAAGAGACGCUCUGCCCCUUCCGGCACGAGCACGGGGAGAAGACGGUGGUGUGCAAGCACUGGCUGCGGGGCCUGUGCAAGAAGGGCGACCACUGCCGGUUCCUGCACCGCUACGACGCCACCAGGAUGCCCGAGUGCUACUUCUACUCCACGUUCGGUGACUGCAACAACAAGGAGUGUUCCUUCCUCCACGUGAAGUCGGCUGUCAAGCCCCGGGACUGUCCCUGGUACGACCAAGGUUUCUGCAAGAAUGUGGGCCCCCUGUGUAAGUACCGCCACACCCGCAGAACCAUGUGUCUCCGCUACCUCGCUGGCUUCUGCCCCGAGGGACCCACCUGCCAGUUUGCCCAUCCCAAGAUCAAUCUUGCACUCAACCCGAGUUACAGGCAGCUUAUCAACCGCCCCAGGACACAGCACCUCCUGCUGCUGCUGCAGCUCCCCGCGCCCCCUUCCUGGCAAAGUGCCUGGUUCCCCACCACCAGGACUCCCCAGUGA